GUUUGGGAGUCCCUUCGAUCUCUCUUUUAUUUGUUCCCCGGUUUGUUUGGUUUAGUUCUGCAGAACCCCUCUUCUUCCCUCCUGCACAUACAAAUAUAGGACAAUCAACAUUGCAGCUUUUAAGAAGACAAAGCAGCAAUUUUGAGACCGAGGAUGUCUCUAACUGCAGUGAAGAUGACAGAGGAAGUGUGGUUAACAUGCCUGACGCAUGCAUUGUCGACUGAGACUGAAGAAAUCAUGGGCCUUCUUCUUGGUGACAUUCAGCCCUCAAGAAAUGGUAGUGUGACUGCUCUGAUAUGGUGUGCGUUGCCUCAGCCUCGUUCCGAUCGGAGGAAGGAUCGAGUAGAGACUAAUCCCGAGCAGUUGACUGCUGCAUCAGCUCAUGCAGAGAAAAUGACCUUGGCAAUGGGGAGAACAACAAGAGUGAUUGGCUGGUACCACUCUCACCCUCAUAUUACAGUAUUUCCAUCCCACGUUGAUGUUCGGACUCAGGCCAUGUAUCAACUUCUAGAUUCUGGGUUUAUUGGACUGAUAUUUUCAUGUUUCAGUGAGGAUGCCCAAAAGGUUGGAAGAAUUCAAGUUACUGCAUUUCAGUCCUUGGAUGGGAAGCAGCAGCAUAUGUUACAACCUGUUUCCCUGUCCUCUGUAAAUAGAGGUGCUGUUAUAGAUAUUGAGUCAUCUUUAAGUUCAUCAGAGAAAACAUUGACUAGAGGCAGUUUGACAAGAGAUGUUGAAGAAGACACUGCUGAUUCAAGAGCUAUUGCUUUAGCUUCUAAGGGUGAGGGAAAAUCUUCAGACCUGGGGGGUUUCUUUGCUAACGCUGAUGCCAGAAUGGGAGACAGCGACCGUUUCAACAGCUUUAGUCAUUCAGUUACUGACCUAGAUCCCAUGGACAUGUCAGAAAGUAUGCAGGAGGCUAUGCACCGUUCAAAUUUGGAGAUGAGUGGUGCUGAAUUUGUGAGGAAGGAAGUUCCCCUUCUUGUUCUACCAUCCUCAUCUCUCCUUCGUGUUGAUGCGCCUUUAGAAUCAUUUGUAGAACUACAACGUGUCUUAUAUGAAGAGGAAAGGACUGCCUAUAAUCAAGCAAUUGAACAAAAUAUGAGUGAUGGAAAAGCGCAUCCGAUUACGUAUAUUCAUCAUACAUCAACAUAUCAAGCUUCCAUGUGCAAGUUAAUGGAAUAUUGCUUGAGUCCUGCCAUUUCUACUCUUCAGGAUCGCUUGAGGGAGAAUGAGACCCGGUUAAGGAUGUUAUCAGACGAAGCCAAGAUUUUGGAGACUGAUAUUUCUAGAGGGAGUGAAUCAAAAUCAAUUUCUCCUCGUAAUGUUCCAUCGCAUGGGCUACUACGUGGUAGUGCUUCAUUUGGUCAUAGAGAUAGGGAUUUGUAUAGUCCUGGUGAGUUGAGCAACAUGAAGAAUGUUGCUAAUCCUGUCGCCCGGAGCCGAAAAGGAUAGUAUAGUAGUCUUCGUCUUGUAUGAUUUUUGUUUUUGGGUUAUAGUAAAAUGGACCGUGAUAUCUUGCCAUCUUUCGGCCUCCUGUAUCUUGCGGAUGUUGGUUGCCUGUGGGAGGGAUGUAAAGGUUUUGUCUUUCAAAGGAACGUAUCUGGUAAUUUAUGUCGUCUACUCUUUUGUAUGUGAAUAAACGAGUUGAGAUCCAAAUUUCAGAUACAGGUUCCUUUUGGAUACCGGAAAUUGA